AUGGCCGGUAUCGGAUGUGUCAUCGUUGCAGCUGCAAUUUUUUGGUAUAAUUACCUGGUGGUGGUGAAUGGAGAUAAACAAAGAACCGCCAAGGAACCACAGCUGUCUUCCAUACUGGUGACCUUUGCCCUGAUGAGACUGAUCAACGACAACGGUCUUUUUGACAAGAAACCGGUUGAUGUACCACCAUUCGUAAAGUGGAUCAUCGAACUUGCAGUAUCGGUGUUCUUUCUGGAUGUUGGCAUGUACAGCUGGAAAGUUUUAGACGAUAUUGUGCUAGCGAUCCUUACGAUUCCACUGGCAGUGACGGGGGUCCUUACAAAUGAGACCUAUUACAAGUACGACGCCUCUAUUUCAAGCACACUGGCCUUAAUUUUUCUGGCGUCUGUCAUUCUCAAAAAAAAGUUACAACGCAACAAGCCGCAGAACAUCAGCGUGAUACUUGACCCCGACGAGAUGGAUGAGAUCCCUGAGCCUCCUCAGCCCCAACCCUGUCGUGUAACGCCUAGGAAGGUUCCCAUGCAGAAGACCAACUAG